GGUCGAUGCAGCCACAUGCACGUAAGUACGGAAGUCAAUCAAUUGGGUGCCAUGGUCUUGACACGUGUCACGCAUACACACAUCCAUCCAUCCAUCUGUGGAGCGAGCGAUACACAAAAACGCAUACAGUCAGUGAUGAUAAAGAACACACCGGACGAACCACACCAUGUAGCAGCCAGCGAGACAACAGCAGUUCUCGAACCAGGCAGGCAGGCAGGCAGGCAAUCAUUCAAACACACCACAAACAGACAUACCAUCUCAUCUCCCUCUCCCCCUCUAUACUCACUGUCUCACGAGCCGGACGACCUCUUCUUGCCCCACUUCAUGCCCUCCCCGCUCACGCCGAUCUUCUUCUCCUGCCGACCAAGCGACUGCGUGUCGUGCAGCAUCGGCCUCCGGCUACUCUGCGGCUGCACGGCCGCGUGCGUGGCACCAGCACUGGACAUGGACAUGGCAGCCGAUGAGCUGGCGGCCGACUCGCGAGUGGGGGAGUCGCGGGACUCGUGGGUCCCGCCAUUGACAAUGGCUGGGAAGGGGUCAGUGGUGAAGCUAGGGGCUGCCUGCUGCUCGGGGUCGUGAUGAGGGGCGGCUGUGGGGGGCGGGCCGCCGCUCAUGCCGCCCCAGACAUCAUGCAAGAAGUUUCUCGGGUUGGUCGACGCUCUGACAGACAGCCAGACAGGCGGCAUGUGUGUGUGUGUGUGUGUGUGUCUAUGGGGCUGUCUGUCUGUCCAUGACUGACCCAGUGACGUCUUCCACUUCUCUGGCGGCUUGCACGACGUCCAGAAAGUUGACCCCAUCCAUGAGCCGCCUCCUGAGUGCGUCGAGCAUCAUCAUGGAGACAUAGCCACCACCGCCCAUUUUCAUCUUCUCGUCCAAAGACAUGUUGUCACUCUUUUCAUCAUCAGGCCGCUCCAUCCCGCGGUCGACCUCCACCCCCUCAUCAGGACCGCCCUGCUCCUCGUCCUCCUCCUUGACACACUCGAGCAGCAUCCGCCUGCGAUCGUUGUCAUCUUGUAUGUCGACGCGGGUGGCGCCACGCGCCGACCGUGCCUUGGCAGACUUGGCCGACGCCGUGUUUAUCUCAGAAGCGCCAAAGGGACCAGCUACGCUGCGUGUGAGCUCGCCCGAGAUGAGCCUGGCGUGGUCGACGAGUGGCCGCGAGAACUCAUCGUACGGGUAAGCUGCAGGCAUGACACACACAAGAAAGAACAGACAGACAGACAGACAGACAGAGAGACAGACAGAGAGACAGGUGAGACGUGGCUGGCUUGGUGCUUGGUGGGGUGGAUGGGAACCUUACAUACUCACCAUAGCAGUGUGCGAUGGCGAAUCCGAGCAUUUCGAUGCAGAGCACAAAGUUGCCCACCCCUAUUGCGAUCUCGCGGGUGCUCCAGGUGUGGAUCAGCUCCCACUUCUCCGCUUUAAUCACUCCCACAUACUGAAGCGCUGCACACACACAAACACAAAGGCCCACACAAAAUGCAUGGGAACACAUGUGUGUGUAUGUGGGCGCCGUGCGCACCUGCGAUGGCCACCGACUGCCAGAAGGUGAAGAACACCAGCCCCUUGAUGCAGAGGAACUUCGCAAGGGGUCUGAUGUUGACGAGCUUGUGGUGUAUGGCGUGGUAGAAGAGGAUCAGCGAGUACAUGGCCCAGAUCUGCGAGAAGUUCUUGAGCAGGGUCAGCCACGGGUACACCGACUGGAAGGUGAAGCGGCCCUCCUUGUACACUCGGAACGACCACGCCACGAGCGACACGAUGGUCGUGAGGAUGGAUAUGGGGAUGUACUGCAGCACCCCGCGGAAACACAUGGCGAGGAACUCUCCACCCAUGUGCCAGUCGCGCAGGAACCAUCUGAAGGGGAUGAAGUGUGUCGUGGGGUUGCCCUCCUCCUUGAGCAGACGGGCCAGAUUCUGCGGCCCGCCCAGGUAGGCCAGCAUGAACUGCAGGAAGGAAAACAGUACGAACGCCUCGUAGAGCUCGCGGAUUACCGUGAACACCUCUGAGUCAACGAUCCACAACGGAUACGUGGAUGAAUGGAUGAGUGGGCAAUAGCACCUGUCUGUUUGUCUGUGUGUCCGUGUGUUUGUCUUCGCACCUACCUGUCCAGUUUCUGUCAGAUGACCCGACGAGGAGGGACCACCAGCAGUCGAUUGAGAAGACGGGCACCAGGAGCAGUAUCCUCACUGUGUACUUGGUCAUACCCCAGUACUGCGUGUGGUGCACGUGCCGCAUGAUGUGAAUGAACGACACAACCGUCGCCGUGUAUGCAAACCUAUCACAACGAGACGACGACACACACACACAAACAGCACACACAGACAAGGGCCAGAGAGAGAGUGAGUGAGACAAUCGCAGCCGAGCAUUUCUCAUGCGCAGGUGCUCACACUGUGGCGACUGCAUCGGCCCAGAAGUGCAGCGGGAGGGCGUGGGCGGCCUUGGCUGCGUCACCAAGCAGCGCCAUUGCCGCGUCGAUGUGCAGAAAGAGACGGGAGAUAGAAAAGCAGCACAAGCGAGGACAGAGGCUGCUCUCCAACCUA